UCAUAAACACAAAUAUUUUAAGGGAGCUUUAUUUUCUUUAUUAUCCCAUUAAAUUAUUUAGAGGCAAUGGUUGGAAUAUUGGCUAGGAGACCAUUCAGUCACCGGAUUUUGACCUGGGAUAACCGGGAAACUGAGAUUUCCUGCGAGCCUGCGAUAAAUAAUUCAGAUACAGUUUUCAGUUUUUUGGACGAGGAGGGUCAAAGUUCAUCACCUGAAAGUGUUAACGAUGAUGUUUAUGUUAAAAACGAAGACCAAGAUGAAGACGAAGAAAAUGAAUACAAAGAAAACGUUGAAGACAACCAAUUCUGGGAAACUCAACAUCAACUUUUACAAGCUGUUUUAUGCCGGACAACAUCAUUAGAAUCACAGAUCCGAAGCAUUACUAAAGAGACAGUAAAAGUAACAAAGCAGUCGGAAAAUGGCUGCAAUUGCCGGAAAAUGGUCAACGAUGUUUGCCGGAACUGUCUGAUGAAAGAGGUGUGUAGUCGUCUACAAAAUGCAGGUUUUAACUCUGCAAUUUGCAAGUCUAAGUGGAAGAGCUCACCAGAUAUUCCCUCAGGUGAACACGCAUUCAUAGACGUGGUGGACAAUUCGAGUUCUAAGAAAGGAGAAGUGAGGGUAAUUAUUGAAUUAAAUUUUAGAGGCGAAUUCGAAUUAGCCAAAGCAAGCGAAGAAUAUAAUCGACUGGUCAAAUGCCUGCCAGAAGUGUUUGUUGGGAAAAUCGAAAGAUUACUAUCAUUAAUCAAGAUUUUGUGCAAUGCUGCAAAGAAGUGCAUGAAGGAGAAGAAAAUACAUAUAGCACCAUGGAGGAAACAAAAAUACAUGCAAGCUAAGUGGCUUAAAACAGUCGAACGAAGGGCAGCAAAUAAUAAAACAACGUUAUCCAACGCUGAUUAUACAAUCCCACUGCCACGGCGGCCAAGGGCAUCCAUGCUUACAAUGGAUUUGUUGGAAUUUUUGCCUAAUUUACAUUGCACUGCAGUUGUGGCGUAAAGCUAGGGGUAUGAACAUCAGUUUGUAUGAUCCAUAGAUCUCUGUACAUUUGAAUUAACAUUCGUUUUCUUUGGUUUGGGGGGAGGGGGUUAAUAUUUUUUUUUUUUUCUUUAGGUAAUUUCAGUUGGAGCUAAUUAAAAUUCUUGAAGUGAAAAGCGAGCAAGUUCACCACAAUUAAUGUCCAAUUUCAGUUGAGUUGUA